GUCGUUAAGUAAAUUGUAUAUAAAUGCAAUGUACGAUUGAUACAAUUUAGUGUCUAAGUAUUGUAACUGUGAAACUAUGGCUCGAUUGAGUAGUAUCGCAUUGAUCAUUGUUGCAAUGAACGUACUGAUGUGCGUUUUUGGAGAAGAGUUAGAACUCUACCCUCGUGAAAUUGAUGAUAUCGAUGUUCUAAAAAUUCUGUCAGAUGACGCUUGGCGACGAAGAGCUGAAGAUUGCUAUUUUAAAAGAGUACCGUGCGCAAAAGAAAAGCAGUAUUUAUCAGAUAUAUUCAAAGAUAUGUUAAAAACUAAGUGUGAAAAAUGUACUGAAAAACAAAAAAAACUUGUAAAGACAGCUACUGAGUGGUACGAACAGAACGAACCCGAUACUUGGAAAUUAAUACUUGAAGAUGCCCACUCCUAAAGGAAAAGAAUGCAAAUCAAUGACUAGUGGCAACAAAAAUGAAUAAUGAAUCUUCCGACGCAUACUAUAUCCAGACUUUUCCAAUUAAUUUUUUUAUAUAAAAACAUAUGCUUAUAAUGGUUUAUAACUUGAUAAAUAGUAUUGGUAAACGGUAGUAUGGGAAGGGAAAGGGAAGUAAUAAGCGAUAGUACAGAUCGUAGCAUUAAUGCCUGGGGUUUGAUUUUAGGGAUCACGUUUAUUUGUUAGUUAGUUUUACGUUUAUGUACCUAAUGGGAUUUUAAAAAAAUAUUUUGUACAAAUUAAUUAGAUUAAUAUGCAACUUGUAUUACCUCAACAGAAAUAGAUUGUUAAAAAACUAAAAAUAUAUUAAAUUGUAAUAAAUUGUAACCUGGAAAGGUAAUUGUUUUUUAAAUAAAUAUACUGUGAAGAA